AUGUCCGUCCCCGACCUCACGGCGGAGGAACUGGCCUACUAUGCUUCCCUCCGGCUCGAAGAUCCGGAUGAAGCUGCACUGGCGGCCUUUUUAGCGGACGUGCAGCAGGUGCACGAGGACCACCCCAGCGGUAGCGGCGCCGCUUCAUCGAGCAUGGUGGCAUCCGCCAGUGGAAACGGGGGAGCGCCUCUCACGUCAAGUUGCGUGCCUGCAUGUGAGCUCUUCGACAGCAGCGAUGUCGAGGGGGUGCCACCUCAACGUGGUGUUGCACCCGUCGACCGACAGUGGUCUUCAACCUUCGCGUCCACGGGGCUGACGAGCAGGCGGCUGUCUGCAAGGCUAUUCCCUGUGCCUCGGUCAGCUACCACCGACAGUCGCACCCGCUACGGUGUCACACAGGUGCUGCAGAAAGACCACCUCGUCGGCGGCGUAGCAGGCAUUGCCGAUGCCGCGCUGCAGACCCGGUGCGUUGAGCUUCCAGCGAGCCAGCUCACCUCUAUUGCCCCUAUACAGUGCUUCUUGAACGCCACACAUGUGUAUCUCCAGCACAACGCACUGGCUGACCUGGAAGGCAUCGAGCUGCUCUCCCAGCUCCAGGUGUUGGUGGUGCACCACAAUCAGCUCACUUCACUCGCCCCGCUGCAACAGCUGGAGUGCCUCUCGUACCUCGAUGUGAGUCACAACAACGUGAGCUCCUCGGUGGACGUGCUGCUACGCGACGAACUCCCCUGCCCAAGCCUUAAAAGUCUGAACCUCUCCAACAACCCGUCCUGGAACCGAUGCGGCGGGGCCGUGAGUGACGGUGAUGGUGGGGAGCGGCACCGCACGUACGUGCAGAAGAUUUGCACCGCGUGCCCACUACUCGAGCGGCUUGACGACGUGGACGUUGGUGACGGCGAGGAGGUGGUGCAGCGCAGCGACAGCAGCACUGAGAGCACUGAGAGCAACGUAGACGAUGUGGCGGAGAGGCGGUCCACCGGCGCCGCGCCGUCUCAGUCCGGAGGCAUCACUGUUAGGCGCGUGCACAGCUCUGUGGAGGCUGCACGCGCAGCCAGCUCUCUUGCACGUGUGCACGAUAUCCACACUCGCAGUAGUCCCGCGCCGUCUGGCUCCCUCGUUAGCGGCGAGGCAGAGCUCUCUGCUCGACCACACCGCAGUGUUCAAGUGAACAAAGACCAUUUGCUGGAAGAGGAGCAGGCACGGCUGGUGCAUCAGCUGUUCCUGCGGCACGCCGUCGGCACUGCACCGGCAAGCCCGAAGGCGGUCGACACGGUUUCGGCCUCGCCCCUGCACUCCAGCCGCAGCAGUACCGGUAAUGACCACGUUCACCCACGCGAUGCAGCGAUGGAAGCACGGACAGAGCAGAAGGCAAAGGAAUCAGCCGACAGCAUGGCGGACGUGUCUGCUCUCCACAGCACGCGAGGUGACACCCUCCAGCUCUACCAUAACCUGCAGUUCACGCAGGAGGUGAGUCAGGCACGGAUGCAACGCGACGUGGCGGCGCACUGGGACGACGUGUCGCGGGUGCUGCAGACGGUACAGGCGCUGCAGCAAGACCGACGGCGCCGAAUACAGCAGAGGCUGCAGGAGCAGACGCCAGCGUACACCGAGUCGCUGAUUAUGCUCGAAAGGGAGUCGUUCACACAGGAUCUUGACCGCUAUCGCAACAGUGAUGGGUGCCGGAGAGGUGCACCGGCCGGCAUCAACGCCGCUGCAAGUGCCCCUGUAACUCCGCCGGCAGUUGCCGCGCCGAACGCUAUCGCAGCCGUGGCCCAUACUAGCGCUGCUGUUGAUGGAAAUUGUGCGUCGAACGUCUUCUCCACAUCCACCCACCCACCGGAGAAGCCCAAAGGGACGACCAAGAAGGGCCCGAGUGUACCGAAGCCGCCUCCGCGUCGUUAA